UAAAGAACUCUUCUUCCUCAAAAACCUCUCCUUUUUUCCCCUGAAAAAGUAUGAAGCGAAGUUACGAUGAACAAUCCUUUGGCCCACCUCAAUCCAAGCAAAGAUUGAACUCCUACGGUGAUUCAUAUAGCAUAGACGAUGAGAGCUCUAGGAAUGCGAGGAAGGUUGCAGACCAUUACAGUGCGAGGUCAAACCAGUCACUUGAGGAGCGCGAAGCCAGCCCAAUUAUCCAUCUCAAGAAGCUCAAUAACUGGAUCAAAAGUGUUCUUAUUCAGCUUUAUGCUCAUCGAGGUGAUGCUGUUCUAGAUCUUGCUUGUGGGAAGGGUGGUGACUUGAUCAAAUGGGACAAAGCAAAAAUUGGAUACUAUGUUGGUGUUGAUAUUGCAGAGGGCUCAAUAAGGGACUGCAGGACACGUUAUAACGGUGAUGACAACCAGCAAUCACGCAGGAAAAAGUUCAGCUUUCCUGCACGCCUCAUAUGUGCAGACUGUUAUGAGACUCGUUUAGAUGAGUACUUGGGCAAUGAUGGACCAUAUGAUAUUUGUAGUUGCCAGUUUGCAAUGCAUUACUCCUGGUCAACUGAGGCACGUGCGAGGAGAGCACUGGCUAAUGUUUCUGCCUUGCUUAGACCUGGUGGGACCUUUAUCGGGACAAUGCCUGAUGCAAAUGUUAUUGUAAAAAGGCUUAGAGAAGCUGAAGGAUUAUCUUUUGGGAAUAGUGUAUAUUGGAUCUCGUUUGACGAAGAAUAUUCUCAGAAGAAAUUCAGAGCAUCCAGCCCUUUCGGCAUUAAGUAUAAGUUCCACUUGGAGGAUGCUGUUGAUUGUCCUGAAUGGAUUGUUCCCUUCCAUCUUUUCAAAUCCCUAGCAGAGGAGUAUGAUCUGGAGCUUGUUUUUGUGAAGAACUCUCACGAGUUCGUGGAGGAGUACUUGAAAAAGCCUGAAUUCACUGAGCUCAUGAGGAGGCUUGGUGCCCUUGGGGAUGGUAGAAAUGAUCAAAGCACUUUAUCCCAGGAUGAAUGGGAUGUGGCUUACCUUUAUCUAUCCUUUGUACUUCGAAAGCGCGGCCAACCAAACCCGAGCCAGAAGAAAAUCAAUGCCAACAGAGGCAAGAUGUACAUAGCAGAGGAUGACAUAGAGUUUAUCACAAGCGAUUAAAACAAUUUCUCUUAAGUUCUUACUAUUUCACGAGGGCUGUAGUGAUCCAAUGCUGAAGGGAGUCUGGCCAUGAUCUCUGUAAGGUGUGAAGUUAUCGGAGACCCAUAACCCAUAACGGUUAAUAUUACUAACACCGUUCCAUCUAAACGAUGCAAGAGAUAGCAAUAUCGUGGUAAUUUUAUGUAUUUGUAUAAACUUCAUUCAUUACAAAAAAAGGUGGGAGAAGAAUUUCCCUUCUUUUUCAAUGUAACAGGAAGAGUAAUUGAGAAUUAUUCAGUAGUUGCGGUGAAGAGAUGUAUAAUUAUAGUUAUGAGAGGAAACAACCACUGAAAUUUUGUUGAAUUAUCCAGGGAUGUAUUUUAAGGGGGUACUUGUUUUAUUGAUAUGUAUGAGUCCUAAUAAUGGGUUGCAUAUAUUCAUGAGUUUUAUAGAUUAUUUCUGGAUUU